AUGUUCGAUCUCGAGUUGGCACAUUUCGAUGCUGUCUUUCCUGUCUCUCCCACGUCUCAGCCUGGUAGCGGCGAAGGAAGUACUUCAUUCGUCCCGCCUGCUUCUGAGCAAACGUCGGAGGAUUCCGCCAAUGUGGCGCCUGGCACGCAUCUGGUGCCGUCAGACAGCACGCCAAAAGCAGGAGAGAGACGCAUAGCUGAAGCUCCAGGAACAGAGACGGACCUUGCCAAAGCUUUCCAGGACUUGGAAACGACAUUCCUCAGGACAAUGCGAAAUCAGACCGACAACGGAACCCAAGAUUAUGCGAUAGGUGAAGUCUUGAACGCCCUGGGCGAUUUCUUGGGAGCUCUGAAGCUCAGCAACGUGGCAGAAGCGAGCCACACUAGUACGCCUCAAAGUCCUCACGGCGCACACUUAAGAAGUAAACAGGCGUCCAUCGCAGCUCAAGGCUACGUGCUUUGUGUUAGAUUUUUGGCCUCCUCCUUGGAGCAGAUGCUUCAAAGCCUCAUGGCAUCGCCAUCGCCGGCGCCAGCACUGACUGCAUCUGGCACCUCUGCUGGUCUUGGAGAGACUCAACAUGCAGGAUGUCUGAGAACAGGCCGGGGGGUAUCGGCGAGUCUCUACUCCGAAGCGAGCCAUAUCCCACGCAGUCUGCGGCUCGGAGAUCUGUUCGUUGCUCCAGACCCAUUCAGCCACGCCGUAAAUUCCAGCGUCGACCUACUCCGCGUUGGUUGCAGCCAUCUCAACAAGAUGGAAGAUUUGCUUGGGAUUCCUUCGAAGCUGCGAGAACCAAGUACAUCGUCACUCAUUCAUGUGGAUCCAGUGGAUCUCGGUGAGCGGGCAGCCAGAGAUAACGAUCCUUCAAGGCUGUCAUUGCCAGCUCGCUUUGUCGCGUCGAUAUGGGAAGAUGAGGCAAGCAUCAACAAAAAGUCUUCUGUGGUGUGUCUACAGCGGUAUCGUGCCGCAAUCUUGGGCCUCACUGAGCACUGUCUUUGA